AAGUAUCUUGUAAAGGUGUGCCAGGAAUUUAACAGCACCUGGGCAUGGGAAAUGGAGAGAAAAAGCUACCUAGAAAUGACAGUAGCGUGUAAGACUGGCAUUUUAAAGUACUUGUGCGAGUGCCAGUUUGAUGACAAUCUCAAGUUUAAGACAUUAAUCAACGAGGAAGACCCGGAUAAGAUGCGUCUACAGCCCAUCGGCAGAGACCAGGAAGGUCUUCUCUACUGGUUCCAGUUAGACCAAGAUCAGAAUAUACGUGUUUAUUCUGAGGAACAGGAUGAUUUGGAUGGGUCCUCAUGGAAAUGCAUUGCGAGGACUAGGAAUGAUCUUGCAGACACACUAGAUCAGCUUAAAGCCAAGAUCGCAACUGACCAAGAGAAGCAAGACGGUUCCACCAGCCCAAGUAUGGAGGCAGAAGGUGUUAAAGUUGAGGACUUGAAGAACCAUGUAUCAGGACAAGGAGACUUUACCAACAGCACCUUCAAUUCUAAUCAAAGUGAGUUAAUACCUAAAGACAUUAAAAAAGAACCAAUGGAUCCCAUUAAACCAGAGCAAGAAGAGAAAGUUGCUGAAGUUUCCAAACCCAAAGUGGUCAUCGACAACAGGGUUAGUACAAUCAAAGCUCUCGUCAAAGAAGAACCAAAAGAUUGUCCCAAACCAUGGAACGCCAUUUCCGUCGUCAUGCCCCCUGCUUCCAUCAAACACGACCCGGUGGUGAAAUCAGAGAAGCAUGAAGACAAGAAAGAGUUGGUGUUUGAGAACGUGGCUAGAGCUGUAAAGAGCGACCAACAGGCUAAAAUACCGCUGAAGAAGAGGGAGUUGAAAAGGAGUGGAGGAUAUGACGUCAGCAACGUCAAUCACAACAACAACAACCUUAACAGCAAUGGAAGCGUCAGCACUGGAGGUAUAAUCGUUCGCAAUCCUGUUGUCUUGCUAUUGAAGGAACAGAAAAUCAGAAAAGAAUACCCAACUAAUGAAGAGAAAGGACCAACGGCCAUCAUCGCUGUCCCACAAGAGCCAAAGGUUGACCAAAUGGCAGCACGAGAACAAUAUGUAGGUGUUGGAGUUAUCAAAGGUCCCAUUGAGCGUAAAAGGCCAUUGAAUGAAAACGAUAAUUCUUCAAAUGGUCAUCAUGGGAAUGGGAAAGUCUUGAAGACUGAAGUUGGAGGCACAGAUAGUGUAAGACAGUCUGUCCUUGUUGGGAAAUCCAUGGUUCAAGCAGACAACGGUCCUCUUCCUUGUAGUAUCCCUGAGGAUUUGUCAAAAGAUGCUUGCGAUAAGAGCACAGAUGUGUCUGCGAAAGUGUCAAACCUUGUUGAGGAGUCGUCAACGAUUGAAGAGACCACUUCAGUUGAGGAAAAGGUUGAAAAAGUCGGCAAUGAUGAAGACGUUAUUGAGCUCAAAAGCAAGACAGUUGGUUUGUCAGCCGGAGAAAAAACUGAUGUUGAGGAUGUCAGCAAAGACAAAAGUCUGAGAGGCCCAAGAAAGAGACAUUCACAAAAGUCCAAAUCCAAGAUGCAAGCAAGAGAAGACGGGCAGAAUGAAUCCAGCAUGGGUGAGGUUUUGGAAAAGGAUGCUGAAAAAGCUGGACACAACGAGGACGAAGAGGUAUCGUCAGAACUUCAGAAGGAAGGGAUUCGCCUUAAGAUUAAGAUACCGCUUCAUAGACGAACGCCUGAACUCCAGCACAAGGACGCAGAGGAGUCGGAAACCAGCAAUCGGAGAUCCCUGCGGAGAUCUGCCAGAAACUGCAAGCCCAGCCCCAAAGUGGCAGAUAGUCGGGAGAGUAAACAAGACGGGAAACUUUUGGCCUCCUCAGCAGCUCAGGACGAAGAGGAACACAUAGAAGACGAAGAGGCGAAAGUUCAUCCCAAGAAGGAGAUGCACAGAAAAGUGGACACGGAAGUACAGCCCAAGUCUUUUAAGGCCAAACGGCGACAUAGGCGGAAUCGUUGGUCGAAAAUUCGUACGAAGAAUUGCAAAUCCAAAGCAGCUCUGGAGCGGGAAGAGGAAGUGGCCGACGACAAAGCCGCAAAUAAUGAAGACAACAAAUCAGAGAAAGGAGACGACAAAAGUGAGACCGAAUCGGACCAAUCCAACGAGAUUCCACCUGAAGAUGCUUGUAAACACUGUGGGCUCACCAACCACCCAGAACUA